AUGACUCACCACCAGUUCUCCCGGGCCCAGCCCUUUACGCCCACCCUCGACACGUUCAAGCCACUGCCAAACCCUCCCGGUGAUACCUGCAUUCCCGUGGGGACCGAGUUGCCACCCGUUCCGCCGCCUACCCAUCGUGACGGCAGGUUCUCCAUCCCUCAGAGGUCGGCCACGAUGCCUCACCUCCCUACCAACCAGCACCCCUCACGUCCCUCACAUGUGCGCUCUGCAUCCACGUCUGCACUAGUCGGGAGAACCACCGCCCCAUCAGCUUGGUCUGGCACCCGAUCACAGCGGCCGGUCCUCACUGUGACUCCGAGGCGCACCCCUCCUCCCCUCUCACCUGAAGCCUGUAACGCUCCGCCCGACUACUGGAUGACCGAGGUGUUGGAAGUACGGGUCAGUGAAGAGUUUUCGCCUUGGGUGUACGUUCCUCAGCCUCCGCUCCGACCUGUAGUACGAAAGCCACCCGCGUCUCCUACGAACACGACCCCGACCCCGUCACUGCCACAGCCCUCCGUGCCGUUGUCACCACUUGUCAUCCAGAAUCCAGACGACAGCGCCGAAGCUACAAACUGUCAGCAGACAUGUCGCCCGAAAAAGCCCAUCAAGCCUCACCACCUGCGCUCAAAGACCCUUGACAAGAAAUUACAGCAUCCCCCUCCCUCCGCCACACUCACUCGUCCGGCCCUUCCACCCCGCUAUCAGCCUGGCAGCGAGAAGGAUUCUCUCUCACGCAGAACGUUAGUUGGGCAUGGUACACCCCAGAUGCAUGCCUCAACACCUCAAGUGUCCCUCAAAGUCAACACGACUCAGCUGGGCUACCGCCUCCACACCGGCUAUGACCGGGAUGGCGACGCGGUGAUUCUGUGCACAGAGGGACAGGUCAAAACCGGGUUUUUGGUGCGCUCUACUGCGUUGUCUCGGCUCAGGUACGUAAACGGUACUCCUUUGGCGCACGCUAACUCCAGCAGUGGAACGUUUGCCCAGGCCGUCGUCACUCGGGAUGCAGCCACUACCGCUGGUCCCAUCGUCGCUGUGGCAGACACCAGUCUCGCCAUUUCUCUGCUUCUCGGCUCCCUCAUUCACGGCGCCUUGAUUUCCACACACGACACCCACCGCCUACUGAGUGUGCCCGACUACCUCACCCUUUUAGCAAUGUACGACAAGUACGCCGUCAAGCCACACAUCCGGGCCAUGUUGGUGCAUGCCAUUGAUAGCCGGGCCUUCGAGCUCGCUGCCAACUUGAACACGCCCGCGUCCGCCACGAGCCGGCAGACUGCAGUAACAAUCCUCCAACUGGCUCACGCUGCUAGAUCAGCGAGGCUGUGGGAAGCGGCACUUGCCCAUGCACCGUCCUGGGCAACUGACCCGUGGGUUAUGGGUGAGACCGAACGAGACCGGUGGGGGGUGGAUCUGUUUGACGUGCUUUUGGCCCUCGAGGUGCUGAGAAAGGGAACCGGGGAGAGGUUGGGGAACAUCCGAGUGAGAUAUUCGGCUGAUGGUACACCUGGCGUGUAUUGUGCCAAGGAGCCAGACACCGUGUUCUACCUAUUAUGA